AGAUCCGUUGUUCCCUUUUCCAAGAAAAAGUGCAAUUAUGCCACUAAAAAGAAACAUUGGGAAGGCUGCCCAGACUUUACAGAUUGGGCUUGGUGAAGGUAGUCUAGCACACUUAGAAGGAGAGAAUGAGCCACUCAUUCCACCACCAUUGUCACAAAUACUUGGGGAACACUCUUUUGUCAAUCCAACCUUCAACAAGGACAGUGAAUCUGGAGAUGAUGUUGAUCAAUCUGGUGACGAUGUUGCUCAAUCUAGUGACUUCCUUAUGAAAACUGUGUCAAAGCAGAUUAGCAUCAUGAGGCGCACACAGUUGGAAUCUAAGGAAAGAGCUCAACAAAGAAGCCAAGAGAUGGAAGAUCUUUUCCAUAUCCAGUUUUACUGCAGUGAGCCAGAAGUGUCCAUGGCAGAUUUAUCUCGUCUGAUGCAGCGACUUGGAGAAAUAUCUGAGGCCUUUCUUGCUAGAUUUCGAAAGGCCAGACUUAAGUGCAGAGUUGCCCUGCUAGAACAAAAAUUUGUCAAGUUGGCACAAAAUGGUCUGGACAUUGAGUUAAGGAAAAAGUUUGAAGGAAUGAAGUUUCGUGAUUUCUUUGAGUUGUCUUACAAGGUGGCUCGUUAUGAAAAUAAAAUUAACAAGGGCAUUCUGGGUUUUCCAAAUAAGGCCAUAGAAACUAUGGGAGUUGAUGCAGAUCCAUUCCCUAACAUGUCCAUUGGGGGUCAGGAUCUAAAGACCUUGAGGAGGCGCUUACAACAUAAAAGGGCAGUAGAUAGACACCGACAGCAGAUUGCAGACUUGGGGGGCAUGGCAGAUCAAACUCAACAGCUCCCAGCAAGAAGGAAAUCAAUGUGGGUCCGUAAAGAAAAAGGGAGCACAUCUUGUCAUAAUUCUCUAGAAAAUGAGGAACCACCCAGAAAUCCAACAUCGCCUCGAGUUCUAGUUGUGGAAUCAAAUGAAGAAACCGGUUUAAAGGCAAAGUUUGACAUGUCAGAUAAAGUGGAAAAUUCAUCAGAUGUAAUUCAUUUUGAUCAAGUUGAGGAAGAAGGAGUCAUUGAGAUCCCAGCUAAGGAAGAUGGAGAUCUGGAUUCAGCAGAUAAAAUCAUUUUUGAAAAACCAAAAGAGAGGAUGGCCAGACAUAUCAGGCCAUUGUACAUUCAUGCACAUCUAGAUGGUAUGCCAAUAAGUCAAGUUCUAGUUGAUAAUGGAGCAGCUGUGAAUGUUUUGCCAACUUACAAAUCUGAGGUAGUCUAUGAAGAAGAAGAGGAUGACUCAAAGGAUCAGAUAACUCUAGAGGAAUUAGAUCUAGCACCAGCAAAACUCGAUGAUCUGAAGGCAGAAGUACAAGAUCCCCUAGAAGAGCUAGCUUUUGAAAGAAUGAGGAAGCAUGGUCUAAAGCUGAAUCCUUUAAAAUGUGCAUUUGGCAUUUUUGUUGGGAAUUUUUUGGGAUAUCUAGUGCAUGAGCGAGAUCUGGAAGUAGAUCUAAACAAGGCAAGAGCUGUUAUUGAGGCACAACCACCAAGAAAUGUGAUAAAGUACAUGUUAUCUCGACCACUGUUGAGAGGUAGAAUUGGAAAAUGGGUUCUGGCUUUGUCAGAAUUCAACCUGAAAUAUAUGCCUCAAAAAGCUGUCAAGAGGCAAGCCUUGGCAGAUUUCCUAGCAGAUCAUCUGUACUUGGAAGUAGAAGCAGAUGAAGAAAAAUAUUUUAAUUGCACCAACAACCAAGCUGAAUAUGAGGCGUUGAUUAUUGGGCUAGAAGUAUUGGUAGAACUCAAGCUCUUGGAGGAAUUUGCUAAUGUAAUCUUGAGACAUGUUACACGAGAUCUGAAUACAGAAGCAAAUGAGAUGGCUCAAAUCACCUCAGGCUUAAAAAUCCCAGAAGGCGUGAUGAGCAUAAUUGUUGUUGUGGGAAAACGAAUUCUGCCAUCUAUUCACAUGCGUGGUAUGGCAAUUUCUGCUUGUUCCAUAGACGCCUUGAACUAUGUUCUGUUGGAAGGUGUUCUUUAUAGAAGAGGGCAUGAUGAAUUACUUCUGCGCUGUCUUGGUCCAGAUGAGUACUGCCAGAUUAUAUCAGAUGUGCACAACGGGAUCUGUGGUGCACAUCAGGUUGGAAUUAAGAUGCGUUGGUUGAUCCGUAGACAUGGAUUCUUUUGGCCAUCAAUUUUGAAAGAUUGCCUCAGUUAUGCCAAAGGUUGCAAAGCCUGCCAGAUUCAUGGAUCACUGCAGAAAGUUCCAGCAUCAGAACUCCAUCCAAUUAUCAAACCAUGGCCAUUUCGAGAAUGGGCCAUAGAUCUGAUUGGUAAAGUUUACCCUCCUUCAACUAGAGGGCAUUCUUUUAUUAUUGUUGCUACAGAUUACUUUUACCAAAUGGGUGGAAACAAAGCCAAUAAAGAAGGUUGACCAGAUUGAUAUCAUUAAAUUUCUUAAGGAAGAUAUCAUUCACAGAUUCGGUCUGCCAAAAAUAGUAACAUUAGAUCAGGGGACAAUUUUCGUUGGUGCACAAGUCGAGGCGUUUGCAAAAGAAAUGGGUUUUUGAUUACUCGCUUCAACCCCUCAUUAUGCUCAAGCUAAUGGUCAAGCUGAAGCUUCCAAUAGAAUUGUGAUAAAUCU